CCUCAGCAUCGUCUCGGGCUCCCCCACUCGGGGACCCCCCCUCCCAGCUCCCCAGCAUCUGCGGGCCCCAGGGAGGGGGAUUGAGCAGGUGCUGGAUACACACGGAGAACAGGGCAGACGGAGGCGCCGGAUCGGAAGAACAGGAGCCCCCAGCCCCGGGACACCGGAUGGAUGCACAAGUGGGCGGAGUUAAUGUUGAACGGGCGGAUCUUGGAAUUUCCUAACAUUCAAGUGGUUGGCUUUGCAACCUAAAUAAUGUACUUUUAAUGUAGUGUUUCACAUGGAUCUUUUGCUGCAGGCUGCUCAGGAAGAGGCUGGAUGCUCCCGACAGGUCCCACGCAUGUUUAUUGAGAUUGGCAUCUGAGAGUGCAGGCCCGAGCUCGAAGUGCAGUUGCUCUUGAGACAGACCAUGGCCACAGAACUGGGUACAAGUGCAGAUUUGGGUCUCCAGUUACAGAUGCCUUCAGAGCAGGGCGUGCAGCCCCCAGUAAAAAGGGAGGAACAAGACCCACCAGGCCCCGAGCCAGGGCAGGGAGUGGAGCAAGGAGAGAACCUUCCCUUUGUUGUCUGUUCUGGGACCAUUGGGGAAUUAUUGAGGUGGGCGGCUCCACAACCGUCCAGGACUCAGAGGCAAGACGAGCCACCCCAGCGCUGGGAAGUCCAGUGGCAGGAGGUGCUGCAGGCCCUAUGGACCCCUCCUGAAGUUGUGCCGGCCCCGGUGACACUACAGCUGCCUGAGCUGGCACCAGGGGACGAUAUUGAGGCCUAUCUGGCCAACUUCGAGCACGUGGCUAAUGCCUGCCAGUGGCCAAGAGGAGAGUGGGUAACGCGACUCGUGCCGGCACUCAGCGGAAAAGCCCGACAGGUCUACAGCAGCCUGGAGGCUAGAGACAGCAGAGACUAUGGGAAGGUGAAAGCUGCCAUCCUGCAAGGGGAGGACACCCGCCUGGAGACACGGCGUCGAUGCUUCAGGCACUUCCGCUACCAGGAGGCCGAGGGGCCCCGGGAGGCUUACAGCCGCCUCCGGGAGCUCUGCCAUCGCUGGCUGGAGCCGCAGAGCCGCACCAAGGAGCAGAUCCUGGAGCUGCUGAUCCUGGAGCAGUUCCUGACCAUCCUGCCGGAGGAAAUGCAGGGCUGGGUCUGGGAACGUGGUCCCGAGACCGGCGCCCAAGCGGUGGCCCUGGCAGAGGGGUUCCAGCUGGGGCAGCCAGAGGCUGGAUUAUGGGAGCAGCAGGUCACAGUGCGUGUGAAGGUUGAGGAAGUGACUUCGGAGAAGAUGGCUUCCCCUGAGGCAUUAUGGGAUGCUCCCGGCUCCCAGCUAGAGCAGCUGCAGCCCCACCACGAAUGUGUAUCCCAGGAGGAGGUGGGACGAGCUGAGACCCCAGGACACCAGUAUGAACCACUCUGUGUCCCCAAAGAGGAGCCCCCGAUCCACCGGGAAAUGGAUGAUAAGUCAGGCCCUCUGCCUCAUUCAGAGCACAUGAUGGAUGGUGAACACAGGAUGGGUGACGUGGUGCUGAGCGCAAGUCCCCAGCUGGAGGUGCCAAGCGCCAGUCCCCAGCGGGAGGAGACAGAGAUGGCAGGGCCACGCAGGGUGCCCCUGGGAAGAUACAAAGGGAAGGCAUCACGGACUCAGCGCAGGGUGGGGAGGCAGCAUGGGAGCCCUGUUGGGAAAAGGGAGGUGGAACCAGCCCCUACCCUACCAGACUUGGGGAAGCCCGAACCCCAGCCCAGGCCUUUCAAAUGUGCUGAGUGUGGGAAAACCUUUUGCCGCAGCUCUGACCUGCUGAGACACAAACGGAUCCACCGAGGGGACCGGCCCCACCACUGCACUGAGUGCGGGAAAAGCUUUGUCCGGAACUCCCACCUCCUGAUCCACCAGGUGAUUCACCGUGGUGAACGCCCCUUCACGUGCAGCGAGUGCGGAAAGAGCUUUAGCCAGAGCUCCACCCUAACAAGACACCAGCAGAUCCACACUGGCGAGAAACCCCACCGCUGCCACCAGUGUGGCAAGAGCUUUGGGCGCAACUCCAACCUGACGAGGCACCAGAGGCUCCAUGCGGCCGAGAGGGUCUACCGGUGUGCGGGAUGCGGGGAGGCUUUCCGCAGCAGGGGGCUGCUCAUUUCUCAUCAGCGGUGCAGCAAAAAGGAGAGGCCAGAGGCUUGCAGAAAGCGCACAGCACCAGCUUAGUUGGGGACAAGAGGCAGAGUUUGCUAUAACAAGGGGUUGUGAUGCAGCUGAGGGUUCCCAGUACGUGUGAGAUGGGGAUGGCCCUAGCACCACAACUUAACAGCAGUACCGCAAUGCAGAGAUGAUGGGACUACUGCGUUGUUCUCCUGGAUAGAGAAGGAGACAGGUUACCCAUCUCCAAAACCACUAUGUCUCUCUCACCUUAGCAUUGUUCUUCUAUCCAACCCCAGACAUACUUUAUCUAAUCUAUCUAUCUAAUCAUAUGUUCCCCCACUCUCUCCAUCCAUCACUCCCUAUACACAUCAUCCCUUUGUCUGUCCAUCCAUCCAUUCCAUAACAACACAACAAGCCCCUCCAUAUAUUCAUCCACCCGUCCCCAUAAACACUACACUGUCUGUCUUUCCUUAGCCCUACUUUUCCAUCUGUUCAUCCACCUACUGCCCCUCUGUCUUUUUAUCACCAUAUGCACCUAUCUAUCUAACUGUCUCUCCCCAUACGUCUCACCCCUCUGCCUGUCCAUCCAACCCCUAACACACUCCAGGCAUUCACCUGCCCUGAAUCUCAUUCUGGUCAUUCUGCCAGGUAGACUAAGCGGACUAUGAGCUUGGAUACGAUCCUGGCUGGUUGAGACUCCAGCCCAGUGCACCAACAGGAUUGCUAUGGGAUUUUCAAAGCUUUUGUUUCCAGGCUUCUACAGCUGAGUAGGUUGUGGGAGGUUGACUGGUGGCAGACUUAAUUUAUGAUUGCUAUUAUUUAUAGUAAAUAUAGUACAUGGAGAUUGGGGCCCUGUCAUGUGGGGUCCUGCACAGACACAUCUAUCUGAGGGACAUAUGGCGCCCAUCGCUGUAGUAUCUGAGCGCUUUGCGUGGUGACAGAGAUCAGGGCCUGGCCAUGCUGGGCAGUGCACAGACACACAACAAGCAGGGGCUGCAAAGCACACGAUAAAUGAUAUGUUGGCUCUGUUGCUGCCAAGAUGCACCACGGCCGAGAUUAAGGCUUCAUAGUUUGUGGUGCUGCAUCGACAGACGGUGACUGAGGUUGGGGCCCCCUGGCUGCACAGACACAAAGUGAGAUACUGUCCCCGCUCAAAAGAGCUCACUGUCUGAAUGAACAAAGAGUGGGCCACCGCGGGGACUUGUCCAAGGUUAUAUAGCACUUCAGUGAUAGAGCCAAGAACAGAAUCAGGUCUCCUAUAUCCUGCUCAGUGCCUGGCCUUUCACUUUGGCUGAUAUUUGUCAGCGGGUUGGUUUGGAAAAAGCUGGUGGGGUGCAGAGUCCCAGCUGUCAGGGAGGGACAAGGAAAACAAUGUUAAUACAUUGGGAAAAAAAUAAAUGUACUAGUUGGGAAUCCGCAAAGAUGCCCCUCCUUGGAAAUCCCACCUGUCUGAUGGUUUGGUCACUGCCCCCGACACUCCUGAUCUGUCUGUGUAACAAUCUGUGACAGCAAAGACAUUAACAAACCCAAAGACAGACUCUGAGGAUGAAGGCUGAGCUUUCUACAGCUGCAUCUUCACCGCCUCUGCAAGGAAAGCAAGAUUCCACUCCCCUCCUUGAGCCGCAAAUAGAACCCAGGAGUCCUGAUUACCUUAAACAAGGAAAAGAAACCAGCAGAUCACUAUUAGGACCACACACAUCAAAAUAAAUAACAUUCAGCUGACACUUAGAUAUUUAUUUCAAAGCCUGGAUUUAAAUUCCACUGGAGAUGUUGGGGUCGUUACUACUCAACAUGUUGGAAUUUCUGGGUAGUUUUGUGUCAUUUUUCUAAAAAAAAUCUAGGAAACUAUA